AUGCUUAGAACCAGUCGGCACAAGGCCAUGCUGAACCAGGAAAUACGCCUCUCUCCUGCCACACUCAAGCUCUUUUCCAGUGCACAUGUCGUCCUCAGUGCGGAGACCGGUCGCCUUAACGAGGCCGUUGCUGAGCUGUUCCGCAAAUGUGACAAACUCCAGACCGAGUUGAGGGAGCAGAUCUCGAAAGCCAAUGAGCUUAAGUUAAAGAUCGAGAAGAUCACAGGCGAUGACGUGGAAGAGGAAGAGCCUAUGACGGACAAUGUACGUCUCAAGAGGAAUUUGGAGGCACGCAAAGCCAAGCAAGAGGAGCUUGCACAGCGCUUUGAGAGACUAAGAAAGCAACUCAGUAAGGCAACCAGUCGCGAGCUCAGCGACAAGGAGAAGGCGUGGAUGGAGGAGGUACAGAUGAUGGAACGGGGUAUAUUAGGCUCCGAGAAGAGUGCAACAACGACAUCAAAUAAAGCAAAACAGCCUUGGAAGCGAUUCGACGAUGUCAAGAGCCUCAAAGAUGAGCUUUCGUCACAGGCGAAUCAGCUUCAGAACAAGUCAACAGGCGAUGGCGACGGAGGCUUGAGCACCUCGAUGCCUAACCUCCGAGUUCCCUCAGAGAUUCGCAAAGCCAAGGUUGCACAGGUAAUGAGCCUGUUAGAGAGAGAGACCGCUCUCGUCGACGCCGUCAAGGGGCGCCUUGAGCGAUUGUCUGUUGGAUGA